AUGUCCAAGAAGAAGUCUAGCUUAGGUCGCCAAAAAAUCCCCAUUGAGAAAAUACCCAAAAAAAGUCAUCUCCAAGUCACUUUCUCUAAGCGUCGUUCAGGGCUCUUUAAAAAGGCUAGUGAGCUUUGCACCCUUUGUGGUGUUGAGAUUGCGAUUGUAGUGUUCUCACCCGCUGAUAAAGCAUUCUCUUUUGGCCACCCAGAAGUUGAGUCUAUCAUUGAUCGUUAUCUGACUCGAAACCCUCCACAAGAGCCUUCUGGUGCUCACCAAUUUGUUGAGGCUCAUCGAAAUGCUAACUUGCGUGAUCUCAACAUGCAAUUGACUCAAUUUCUUAACCAUUUAGAGAUUGAAAAGAAGCAAGGAGAUGAGAUUGAUAAUGUGAGGAGGGAGAGGCAGAGGCAAUUUUGGUGGGAGAGCCCUGUUGAUGAACUUGGCUUGCAUGAGUUGAUCCAAUUGAAGGGUUCUGUUGAGGAGCUUAAGGACAACUUGGGGAAACUUGCUACCAAAUUCAUUAUGGAACAAUGCAAUAGCAACAUAUCUUCAGUAAAUAUUGGGGCUAGUGGACUUGGACUUUAUGAUGCUUCCUUUGAGAACAAAUAUGGUGCUACAAUUCCUAAUGCUUAUAAUUAUCUUGGUUUUCGGCAGGGGAAUCUUUAA